AUGUGUGACGGACCCCAAGUCCCGCGUCACGAGCGGCGUCUGGUGGCCAUGGCAACGGCGGCGGCGCUGCUGGAGGAGGAGGAGGAGGAGGAAGUGGCCGCCCUCAGAGCCAUUUACUGCGGCAGCGGAGAGUUCCAGCUCCUCUCGCGGUCAGAUUCCGAAGGGAUUGCAUUCCUAAUCCAGACCAUCUGUGACCAUCUUGGAAAGAAAUUUCUGUUAAAGAUCACCUUUCAGUUAUCUCCUGAAUAUCCAUUAUGUCUCCCUCAUAUCUCCAUCUGCUCCGAUCAUCUUACCCGAAAACAGUGUUCAGAUAUGAAGGGAGGCUUGAUGAGGUAUGGCGAGACUCUUCUUUCUCAGCCUAUGAUCUAUGAAUUAAUGAUGUGGCUCCAACACAACUUUCAGAAUUAUAUGGAUCAAUCGACAGUCGACAAGGCUGCUGAAAGUAACAAUUCUUGUGGAGUGUGGACAUCACUGCUGCAGUUGGAUCAUAUGAGGGCAAAAGUAAAGUACAUCAAAAGUAUAGAAAAGUGGACUUCAGAUUUAGGACUUACUGGAAGGCUGAUCUUCAUGGACAAGCUCAUAUUCAUUCUUCUGCAAGGAGAGAGAGAUGAUAUUAAGAACUAUUUAGUUCUUCAGAAAACUUGUAAGGUGGAUGUGGAUUCCAGUGGAAAGAAAUGCAAAGAAAGGAUGAUAAGUGUUCUCCGUGAAGAAAAACUUCAACCAGAACAGCAAAGGCUUACAAGCUUUGCAGUGCAAUACUUUGUAUCAGUGGAUGAGUUGCAUCAAGAAUUUGAAAUGAUGGGGCUGUCCAGAUUUAUACCUGCACUGCAACAAUGAGGCACAGUAUUGUGUUUGAAAAGAUCAUCUUGCCAGCUUUCAAUGGAAGAAUACCAAACAACUACUUCUGUGAAAUAUUAGGAACUGUGACUUCUCUUCACUUCAUUUAACCAUUACUUUAAUUGACUGAGGACAUUUGAAAAUCCUGAAGCUUUGGUGCAGAUAAAGCUUUACAGAAUAUCAUACACAGUAAAGUACAUCAUGUCGAAUAUCCCACUGUACUAUUCAAAAAGAGAAGCUAGUUUCUCCUGGUAUCC